UACCUAGUCGCAAACACAAAUACGAACCUGUACCACAAUUCCUUUCUGUCACCUUUCUGUUGUCGCAGUGCAAUGCUUGAAUACCUAUACACCCCUCAGUACUGUACAUAAUCUCAUAGACGCGCCUUUCACCUCCCAGCCUUGCCCUAUACUGCCAUCCGCCGUGGCUCGAGACGAUCUUCACACUACUCCAAUACAGCGGACCUCACUCCCCGGAGGUUCUACUCUAUCAACACGGCUCCACGCAAGAAGGCAAAGUCAAUCAUGACUGCCAAACACAAUCUCCACGUCUCCGCCCUCAUCCCCGCGCACCUCACGCCCAGCGACGUCAUAUCCGCGCUCCACGACCACGAAAACGCACUCACCCUCCAAUCCCUUACAACCCAGCACGAGAAGCAAGACAAGACCUCUCCGCAAAUACUGAAAGACACAUACUGGUACCCGGUGGAUCUCAAUCCCGUCACGACGUACCAUGUCACCGAGUGCAUUACAAUGAUACCUGGAGUGGGGGAGUGGGCAAAGAAGUACAUUACAUUCCCGAGUUGCUUCCAGGACACGCCUCAUGGGCUCAAGACCAGGGCGGAUGCAUCUGGAGGCGUGACACUGAGGGCGGAAUUCAGGGUCAUCAGGGGAGGGAGCGGAGACGGUGAGGUGGAGGGUGAGGGGCAAGGGAUCGGUGACGCGGAGUGGGUGCUUGUGGAAGACGUAGAGGUCUCGUGUUCCUGGUUACUGAUGCCUUUUGUACGGGGUAAAAUGGAGGCUGCGCAUCAGGACAUCUGCAGGAAGGUCAUUGAGAAAGUGGAAAUGCAGAAGAGGCAGGAAGCGAUAGCAAAGACGUCGUCCAAGGGCAAGAGUAGAGCAGACGAUGUUCCACAACCCCUACCCGGAAGGGCCAGUGGCAGUCGCAGCCCCCCUCGAGAACUCGACGCCGACGGCGAGGUUAUAGAGAAGGAACCAGAGAAGAUCACAUAUGGUUAAGACGGAUCAUUCGCGAGUGAAUUUCAGCGAUGGAGUUUCGGUGUUGGGUAUUUGGCGCGAUCGUCUACGGUCUAUGUGGAUCAUGCACUGAGAUGCUGUCUGUGGAUAAUAUCCACGAAUGCCUAUUUCUAUAUCAACGAAGAGUAACGAUUUCUCAGAUCUGUAAUUACCAUACGCUCAAUUGUACAGACUGCGUGCAAUACCCACUAUAUGUCUCUGAAAUGUGUUGUCAUUAACCGGGCUCUCGUUGAUAUUGUCGUGUUUGUAUUGCAUAACGACUUACAUGAGAGCGUGGGGGAUGGGCACGCCACGAGGGGAAGCAUCGACCGGGGAGCUCCCCGCAGUGUCAGUACGACUGAACGUCCCAGCCAUCCCAUUGCACAUUUCAAACAUCAUAUUACCAGUCAUCUGCAAAAUCAGCUUCUGUUGCUC